UCCGACGCCAAGGAGCUGACAAGAGAGCGAUGGCGCGGGCGGGAGUAACAGGGAGGGAGGCGGCAUCAAUGGAGAGCCGAAGGGGCGUGGCACGGCUCUGAGCGAGGCCUAAGCCGGCUGAGCCGGCGGCGCGGCGGCGGGCGACGAGCAGCGCGUUGAGAUAGGGCGGGGGAAGUUCUGGCAUGGACUGGAGGGGGAGGGGAGGGGAGGGGAGGGGAGGAGAGGGUGCGCGCGGAGCGAUGCAAAUGGCUAAUCCGGCCGGGGCGGCGGCGUGCGACUGUGCAGGUGAGCGGGAUCUCGACGGAGAUCUUCCGACAGAUUGAGACGGUGGAGAACGACCACGAUGCCACGACGGCGGCGGCGCUGGAGGCGGUGGAGCGGCGCGGCGAGAUGGUGGUGCGGCUGCUGGAGCCGCGGCACAUUGGCCGCGCCGCCUCCGAAGCGGCCAAGCGCUUCCUCGCCAUGCAGGACGCGAAGCACUCGGUGUUCCUGGUGGAGAUCGUGAAGCGGCCGGGCCAGACGCUGGGGCUGUACAUCCGGGAGGGCAACGGGCUGGACCGCUCCGACGGCGUCUUCAUCUCUCGCAUCGCGCUCGAGUCGGCCGUCUACAACAGCGGCUGCCUCAAGGUGGGCGACGAGAUCCUCGCCGUCAACAUGGUGGACGUGACGCACAUGAGCCUGGACGACGUCGUCAUCAUCAUGUCCAUCCCGCGCCGGCUCGGCGGCGUGAUGUCGCCGCAUCUGCCGCCGCGCGCGGAGCACAAGCCGCCGCCGGUGGUGGUGAUCAAGAAGGAGCUGCGCGAGGAAGAGGACGCCGAGGAGGCGGAGGAGGCGGCGCUGGUGGCGGCGGCGCGGCGCCGCGGCGGCGACGGACGGGAGAUGUCUUCCUCC